GAAGCACAGAUGUUUAGUCGCCAAAAACGUCGACAUUUUAAGAAUAUUAAUAUAAUAGGGAAAUUUCCUAUAAAUUUAGAUGUUGGUCAUUGUGGUCGUAGUUAAUAUGUUGGUGUAUCGCAGUUUGGAUAGCGUUGUUGUGUGAGGAAAGUAAUUGUAUUUUAUUUUGAGAGCAGUUUAUUCUGAUUUUGGAAAAGUAUGGCAAAUAAUGCAUUGGGACUGGAUGGAAUUCGCCUAUCAGCCUUAACCAAAGCAUCAGUUGUUGGCAAAUUUGUAAGAGAUGUUACACUUGGUCCAAACAGCAAGUGUGCUGAUUACGAUCUUUUGAAGAACAGAAGUGAAGUGAAGUGUGAGCUGGGUGAAAAUUUCCCCCCCCUUUCUACAAAAAAUUCGCAUGCUUCAGGUGAUGCAAGAAAUUGUAAUAUGAAUUCAUGUAUUGACAAUGUGGAAUGUGCUGGAGGAGAGGAUUAUUCAUCACUGUCAACUAUGAAGCUGUUAUAUGAUCUGGACCAACAGCGUCAAAGGAAAGUGAAGGAUUUGAUAAAUGAACGUUUUAGGAACAUGAUGAAAGAUUCUCAGAUUCGCCAAUUGGAGUUUGACAGUAAACAUCAGUACCUCCAGCAUGAGAUCCAAGCAAAAGUGCUUCAAGAUGAGCAGCUGAUUUUACGCCAACUGCAGGAAGAUGAGAUUCUUGCAGAUCAGAGGCAACAGCAGUUGGCACAACAACACAAAAAGCAUACUCAACGUAUAAAUGAAUUGAAUGAAAAGAUUAAGGAGGCAGAAAGACAGAAAGAAGCAGAGGAGGAAGAAAGAAAAAUAAUAAAGGAAAGAAAGAUCCAAAUUGACAAAGUGCAUCACUAUUAUAUCGAGUAUCGGACAAAAUGCGAACAGAUUGUUGAAGCAUCAAGGCAAUGUAAAGACAAGCAAGCUUUUGUAGCUGAGUUUUCUGAUUAUGCUUCCAAACUGAAGAGCCUGAAUGUAGCCAUGGAUCAGUUGGUCGGACAGUGCAAG